ACAAGGCAAAAUGAAAAAUGAAGAAAAUGAAAAAAUUUCAAAUAAAAAUAACGAAGAACAACGGGACUUAAAUACAAGUUUAACAUCACUGGCAUUAAGUGAAGUUCCCAGUGAUUUAAUCAUACAGACCAAUUUAAUAUAUGGAAAAAAGUCUUCGGCUUAUAAGGCCGUAUUAAGGGAAUAUUCAAAGAAAACUUCGGUGCAUGGAUUAAAUUAUAUUUUCGCUAUACAUCGACCAUUUUAUGAAAAAUUAUAUUGGAUUAUUUUCACGGUAAUAUCACUUUAUUUGGCCAUAAGCUAUAUGUGGGAAACAUAUAUCAAAUGGUUAGAUACUCCUACCAUAUUGGGUUUCGAUGAAACUUUAGUGAAAAUACAUAAAAUACCAUUUCCAACUGUAACCAUAUGUCCGGAGAACAAAAGAGAUAUAACAAAAUUUGAUUUUUCUGAUGUAUCGGAAUUUAUAUGGUCUGAAAUUGAACAACAUAAAAAAUUUCCCGAUAAGGAGGUUUUAACAGAGGAAUAUGUACACAAAUUUCUGGCAACAUUACAAACAUGCAAUCAAGAAGUUAUCAAUAGAUUUUCCCCAUUUUUACCGACCAACAUAAAUGUGGACGUGGCGGAAAAUCUUUUGAAUAUGGUCGCCGAUAUAAAUGUAACAAUGCAAAUGUGUAAAUGGAAUGGUCGUUUUGAUGAGGGUUGUAGUAUUAUUAGAAAGGUGCUUACAGAUGAGGGUGUAUGCUAUCAAUUUAAUGGUUUAAGGCCUCAAGAUAUUUAUCGCCAAUCAGAUUUUAUAAGUUAUAAAGAUGAAGAAGCCGAUAAGUUUAAUAAUACGCAUAAUUGGUCAUUGGAUUAUGGUUAUCAGGAUCAAGGUUUUAAUGCCUAUCCAAAAAGAUCUAUUAUGUCAUCAGUUCGCAAUGGUUUUUACGCUUUACUAGGUGCCUAUGAAGAUGAUAAUGAUUAUGUUUGUAAUAGAUUUAAACAAGGAUUUAAGGUCUUUCUAAACUCUCCUGAUAGUGUACCUGUAACAACGGGUAAUUAUAUUUUGGUGCCCAAUUCUCAUGAAGUAAUGGUAACAGUUUUACCACAAUAUAUAACAUCUCUGGAUAAUUUAUUACAAUUUGGACCUGAAAAGAGGCAAUGCUAUUUUAAUAGUGAACGAAAUUUAUACUUCUUUAAAUUCUAUACACAAAAUAACUGUCAAACUGAAUGUUUAACUAAUUAUACCAUAGCAAAAUGUGGUUGCGCUAAAUUUUGGAUGCCCAAACCUUUGGAUGUGCCAGUUUGUGAUCUAACUAAAGUUAACUGUUAUAACAAUGCCGCCAAUGAGUUGGAAAUCAUUAUAGCAAAUCAAACUGCACAAAAAGUUAAAGAUUCGAAUGUGAAAAUAAUGUGUGAUUGCAUGCCCGCCUGCAACUCAUUGGAAUAUAAUUACGAAAUAACACGUGCCUAUUUAGACGCCGAAGCAACAACAAUAGCCCAUCGUGAAAAUUAUGAAGAAGAUGGUGCUAUUACAUCUCGUGUAACUGUUUACUAUCGGGAAUCUCAAUUUACCGCCAUUAAACGUACUGUCCUUUACGAUCUCACGCAAUUAAUUGCCAAUUGUGGUGGUAUUUUCGGCUUAUUUAUGGGCAUUUCUAUGUUAAGUGUUAUCGAGUUUAUAUAUUUCUUUUCGCUGCGUUUGCUGAAUAAUUUUCGUAAGAGAAAAUUGAUUCAAAAGAAAUUGGAAGAAUUAGAAAUGGAAAUUCCAAAUUGUUCUUAA